AUGAAUCCAACCGAGUAUCUUCAGCCAUUUUUGGAUGUGAUUCGAUUUGAAGAAACUGGGGCCCCAAUUAAAGGUGUUGCUUUAUCAUCUGUUUACAAGAUUUUGAAUCUUGAUGUGCUUGAUCUGAACACAGUAAACGUUAAAGAUGCUAUGCACUUGGUAGUUGAUGUCGUGACUAGCUGCAGAUUCAAGGUGACUGAUCCUGCAUCAGAAGAAGUGGACCUGAUGAAGUUACUUCAGGUUCUUCUGGCUUGCUUGAAAAGUAAAGCAUCUGUUAUGUUGAAUAAUCAACAUGUUUGCACCAUUGUAAACACUUGUUUCCGUGUAGUACAUCUAUCAGGAACAAAAGAGAACGGCAAUGGUACUUCUGAAUAUGAUGGUCAACCAUCAUUUGGGAGUUUCAGUUCUAAUGUUGUCGGUAGUCUGGUUACAGCUGUGAUGGAUGAAGAUGUACUCGCUCAAGGUAAUGGGAAGGAUGUUGUCUCAUAUGAUAUGGAAUUGAUGACAGAGCCCUAUGGGGUCCUCUGCAUGGUGGGUAUAUUUCACUUCUUGUGCUCAUUAUUGAAUGUUAUUGUGCAUAUGGGAAUGGGUCCCAAAUCAAAUACUAUAGCUUUUGACGAAGAUGUGCCACUUCUUGCCUUGGGUUUGGUCAAUUCAGCAAUUGAAUUGGGUGGUCCUUCUAUACGUCGUCAUCCUAGGUUGUUGAGUUUGGUACAGGAUGAACUAUUCCGUAAUCUGAUGCAAUUUGGCUUGUCAAUGAACCCACUAAUUCUUUUAAUGGUUUGUAGUGUUGUUCUCAGUCUGCAUCAUCAUUUGCGUUCUGAACUCAAACUACAACUUGAAACUUUCUUUUCCUGUGUGAUUUUGAGGCUUGCACAAGGCUGUUAUGGGGCUUCAUAUCAGCCGCAGAAGGCAUUUAUGGUGGAGAUGUAUGCUAACUUAGAUUGCGACAUUACUUGCAGCAAUGUGUUUGAAGAUCUUGCCAACUUAUUGUCAAAAAGUGCAUUUCCUGUAAACUGUCUUUUGUCUGUGAUGCACAUUCUUGCUGUGGAUGGUCUGAUUGCUGUAAUUCAGGGAAUAACCGAGAGGAUCAGCAAUGGAUCUGUUAGUUCGGAACAAGGUCCUGUAACUCUUGAGGAGUAUAUCCCAUUUUGGAUGGUGAAGUGUGGCAACUACAGCGAUCCUGAUCAUUGGGUACCAUUUGUCCGGCGGAGGAAAUACAUUAAAAGGAGACUAAUGAUUGGUGUUGAUCACUUUAAUAGGGAUCCCAAGAAAGGGCUUGAGUUUCUUCAGGGAACGCAUCUCUUGCUUGACAAACUUGACCCUCAGAGCGUGGCUUGCUUUUUCAGGUAUACUGCUGGGUUAGAUAAGAAUCUUGUUGGGGAUUUCUUGGGCAACUAUGACGAGUUUUGUGUUCAGGUUCUUCAUGAAUUUGCCUGGACAUUUGAUUUCCAAUACAUGAACCUGGAUACUGCAUUGCGGCUAUUUCUGGAAACUUUCCGAUUGCCUGGAGAAUCACAAAAGAUACAAAGGGUUCUAGUCUUCUAG